GCUGUGUGAACGUGUAGCUGUGGUUGGUCAGUGUUGGUCUGCAGUGGAGGAUCAGAACUGACGGCUCUCCCUGGGUUCAGAACCAACCUCGACCCCUACAGAGCCCGCCAAGCCAAGACAAUGACCUCUUCAACUUCAAGCUACGCGAGGAUACUAGCCCACUACCCGUAUGUUGUCAUUGCUGUAGUGUUUGUGGUUGUGGACCUGCCUCGUGGUCUCUAUCACUGUGGGGGACAAACGGACUUCGAGGAUCCCAGAGCUGGAUUUGAGUCGCGUGGAACAGAAAUCAGCGAUCGCCUUAUAACCUACAACAACCUGCUGAUGGACCUUGAUAACCUGGUGACCUUGACCCCAUACCCUUACCAGCAAAAUGACAACAUCAAACAGCGUACACGGCAAAACCAGCGCAAAGGAAAUAAGGCCCGCAAGCGGAAGAAACAGCGUAAUCGUCUGCAAGGUCAGAACAGCACCAAUGAUGAGGACGAAGAGGAGGAUGACAUGGCAAACAAAUGGAACAACAACUUAGACAGAGGAUUCUGCGCAGACACGCCUGAUGCUAACUAUGCCAGAAUUGUUUUCUCUGCUGUGAAUGAAGAGAGCCUUUUUACCUUAUCAAACAUCCAGUCCAUGUGCAUUUUGGAAAACCGACUACAAAAGUCUUUCUCACGGCGGAAAAUCAACCAAAUCUGUGACAAGCUUGGACGGAAGUGCUGCCUAAGCUGGUCUCUAGGCAACUACAUCGCACUUCUGAGCAACAAGACGUUUUGCGAGGAUAUUGUGCAAUCAGAUGUGGACAAUGUAAUGGAACUUUUGUUGUCAUGUGCAGAUUUUUACCACAGCGGCCAGCUGAACAAGCCAUGUGAACCUGGAGCUGUCUGUGGGAAUGCCUCAUCACAGUGUGUCCAGCAUCAUGCUGUCUACUCCAUUCUUCAUUACCUUACAGACAUUCACUUCCUGCGCCCUGAUAGGGAUAAAUCCAAGCCUCCUCAACUCACUUUCUCUGUGACUUUUCUUCCCAUCGCUAGGAGUAUAGCUGCUGUGGACUUAUACCGCCAUUUAGAAGAUCAGCAGAACCGUCAUAGAAACGUUCACAUCACAGGUGCCAAUUUUGGGGUGAAAUCUUUCCUGUUUGAUCAGUACCUUAUCGCAGAUUCAUUGUGGCUGAUAGUGGCCGCCUGUGUCAUCUUCAUCACCAUUUGGCUUUACUCUCUGUCCGUGUUCAUCACAGUCAUGGCAGUCUUGUCCGUGUUUUGGUCAUUGCAAAUCGCCUACUUCAUGUACAUGUUGGUGUUUGAGAUUAAGUUUUUUCCAUUCAUGAACAUGGUGACGGUGAUAAUCAUGAUCGGGAUAGGUGCUGACGACGUCUUAAUCUACUGCAAAGUCUGGCAACUGUCCAAGUCUGAGCGGAACAACGGAACCCUGGAGAAAAUCAUCACAGAUACUCUUAGACAUUCAACACUUUCCAUGCUAGUCACAAGCCUUACGUCAGCUGCUGCUUUUUUUGCAAACUACGUCAGUAACAUUACUGCUAUUCGAUGUUUUAGUGUGUUUGCAGGCACCGCCAUGCUGGCCAAUUAUGUUUUCAUGGUGACAUGGAUUCCAGCCACAAUUGUUGUGUACGAGAAAUGGUGCAACUGUUCUUUUUGCUAUGGACCAGAAUUUUAUACCUCCAAGAGCGUAGUAUGUGGCUAUAUAUGUCAAUUUCCUUACCGAGUGUACAACUCGUUUUCUGAUUGGUCAAGGAUAUUGUUUGAAAAGCUAUUACCAUGUUUAGUGAUUAAAUUACGUUGUUUCUGGAUCAUUACCCUUGGAUGCCUUGGAGUCUGUGGAAUCAUUGUGAUAUUUUACUAUCCAAAGUUACAGUUGCCUUCUUCCAGAGAAUUCCGGUUAUUUGCAGGCGAUAAUUUGAUGGAGGUAUAUGACUUUGAAAUGGUUAAACAGUUUGACUUUGAAAUAGCCAGAAGUGAAACUAUGUCCCAGAUGCCUAUCAGGAUCAUUUGGGGCCUUCGUGCUGUUGACAAUGGCAACCAUCUUGAACCCAAGAAUCAGGGUACACUACAAUUUGAUGGUCAGUUUAAGCUGAGCACACCCAAGGCUCAGCGUUGGCUGCUGGAAUUCUGUCAGCGUUUUCGACGACAGGACUUUUACCAAUUAUCCCCAGGAAUGCAGCUAACCAAUUGUUUCCUGGAAAACUUCAUUAAGUACAUGGACAAGCCUUGUAUGGGGAGCUCAGAUGUUUGCUGUAAGGAAAAUCCAUUCCCGUAUUCCGAGGAUGUCUUGAACCGCUGUCUUAGCCACUACAUUCCAAGUCUGAUGGACAUGCCGUGGGUCCACUACACCAGGCAGUCCCCGGGACCACGGUUCACCAAUGGCAAAAUCAGUGCCUUGAUUGUAGAAUUCACCAGUAACGUUCCCUUCUCGCUCUCUUAUGACAAAAUGAGUGAGUUUUACACCAGAGUAAACCGUUGGGCCACAGAGGAAAUGAUCAGUGCCCCAAAGGAAAUGAAUGGAGGUUGGUUUGUCAGUGAUUUUGCCUUCUACGACCUUCAGAACAGCCUGGCCUAUGGCACGCCGCUGGCCAUUGGGGUCUCGGUGGCGGUGGCAGCGGUGGUCAUAUUCUUCACCACACUUAAUGUGCUGAUCAGCCUCUUCGCAGUACUCACCAUUGCCUGUAUCAUAUUUGCCACAAUUGGUUCUCUAGUACUGCUGGGUUGGGAACUGAACGUCCUAGAGUCUGUAGUGAUCACUAUAGCCGUGGGCAUGUCUGUGGAUUACACUCUCCAUUACGGGGUCGCAUACCGCCUCUCUCCGGACCUUGACAGGGAAAUGAGAGUGGUAUGUUCUAUAGGUCACACUGGGAGUGCCAUAACCAUGGCCUCUGUUACUACAUUCCUGGCUGGGGCACUCAUGCUACCCUCAUCUGUCCUAGUCUACAAACAGUUCGGUACGUUUCUGAUGUUGAUGAUGUCUAUUAGCUGGAUCUAUUCCACGUUCUUUUUCCAGGCCUUGUUACGUAGUUUUGGACCACAGGGAGGCUUUGGCCAGUUUCAUUGGCCGUCCCUGGACUGCUGCUCACCUUCUCAUCGCGAACACGUCGACAAGACCAUUUAUGCCUUAUCCGAGUCGACGCUGUCCAGCUCAAGCACGAGUUACCCAAACCACCCGACCAGUGAAAGCCACGAGUUGGAGCCCCUGACUGAAGGGCUUGACACAAGGCACCAUCGUCAUCACCACCACCAUCAUCAGCCUCAGCACCAUUCUAACCGGCACCGCCAGCGCACAUCUUAUACUCGCACCCACACCCAGGAUAGCCCCGUUCUUCCCAGACGAGAAGUCCAUGUGACGUUUGAGACUCAGACACCCAACUUAAACAAGGAAGGUGUGUGUGACCUGGAGAACCACACCGGGAACAGAGAGCAGACAUUGAUCCUGGACCAUUGCCCUGUUGCUGUCUUCACCACGCUUAACGGAGCCGACACGGAGUCUUGUGUCACACCCAUCACAGCUGAUGGUCUCAUCAAAGCAGACAGUCUUCCUGUUAAAGACCUACCACUGGUAAAGCCUCAGUCUGCCUGAUGAUAGACAUUUGUCACUCUUAGAAUCCUUAGAUAUGAUGUGCUGAAACCUCAAU